AUGGCCGGGAACGCAGCGGCGUUGUUCGCGUUGCGCGAGGAGUUCAAGCUACCAGCGCUCGUCGCGUUCGCGGCUCACCUCGUCUACAUGCGGACGCUUCUCGGCAUCCGUGCGGCGCGCAUCAAGCAUCGCAUUUUCGCGCCCCGCAUGUCCGGCAAUCCCGACUUCGACCGCGUGAUCCGCGUGCAGGCGAACUUCGUCGAGCAAUUCCCUGCGUUUAUCACGUCCAUGUUCCUCUGCACGCUGUUUAAAGGCGGCACGGUAGCAGCGGCACUUGGCACAGUGUGGGUGGUCUUUCGCGCCGCGUAUGGGGAGAGGUACAGUGCCCGCAAGCUAAGUCUCGACAUUUUCUUGUACACUGUGCCUCAGUAUGCGGUGAUUGCUGUCAUGUACCUUUUGCCCCUGUUUAGAAUCAUUCCCACAUUGAUUUAG